GCUUUCGGUGGGCCGGCCGCCUUCUUUGCGCAUGAGCGUUUAGUUUGUGCGACGGGACUCCUGCACUGGAGAGGAAGAGCCGCAGGGUACAAUAACACGGGGCCAAAUGCGGCUCACCAACGGCGGAGUGAUCAGCACAGCGUAGACUGACAGCUGCCGGGGGGCAGAAAGGCCACCAUGUAUUUCCUAAGUGGCUGGCCGAAGAAGCUGCUGUGCCCACUGAAAAGCCAGGAGCAGCCUUUCCACAUCCAGGCGGACUCUCAGAGGAUCCUGCUGUCAGUGCUGUCCGAGAGCCAGCUCAGUAUCUGGUAUAGCAGGCCCAGUGUAUUAAUAGCAAGUUACAAGGAAUCUGCUAAAGCAUCAGCACAAUUUGGAGCCUUUAAGCAAGCAGAAUGGAGACCCGACAGCACUAUGAUCGUGAUUGCAACUACCAAUGGAUAUAUUCUAUUUUUUGACAUUAUCCCUGCAGGAGAAGACAAGUAUCUGUAUGAGCCCGUGUAUCCAAAAGGGAGCCCGCACAUCAAGUUGAUUCCACAUUACAAGGAAGAACAGUGUGCUCCAGCACUAAAUUUGGAGACAAAAAAAGUUCUUGAUUUGCAAGCACCGAUCACAAGCAUACAGUCAAUGGUGGAAGAUCUCCUUGUGGCCACAGAUGACGGUCUGCUUCACCUUAUUCACUGGGAUGGCUUGACAAAUGGCAGGAAAGCCAUCAACAUUGGUACAAUACCAUUUUCUGUCGACUUCCAACCUUCUAGAGGCUCAUUCUUGGACUUUGGAGAUGUGUUUAUCAGAGACAUGGAGUACUGCAUCACACUGGAUGGAUUUGCUGUUGUAUUUAACGAUGGACGCAUAGGUUUUAUCACACCGUUAUCAAGCCAUGUCACAGCUGAUCAGACCCAUGGAGUCUGGGCUCAGGAUGUUGUUGAUGGGACCUGUGUGGCAGUGAACAGCAAGUACAGGUUAAUGGCAUUUGGUUGUGCCAACGGCUCUGUCUUGGUGUACACGAUAGAUAAUACCACAGGAGCUAUGCAGCUUUCUCAUAAAUUGGAACUUACUCCAAAACAAUAUCCAGAUGUUUGGAAUAAGACUGGAGCUGUUAAGCUGAUAAGGUGGUCACCUGAUUACAGUGUUGUCAUGGUGACAUGGGAAUGUGGAGGCCUUUCCUUAUGGAGUGUUUUUGGUGCGCAUCUUAUUUGUACUUUAGGAGGAGACUUUGCCUACACAGCAGAUGGUACCAAGAAAGAAACUCUUAAAAUCAGCUCUAUGAGCUGGGGCACAGAAGGUUACCACUUGUGGGCAAUCGCAGCAGAUUCCUCACAAAUUUCUGACCAUGGCAGGAGUGACAAACCCAUACCUCAGCAGGCUGGAAUUCUACAGUUUCAGUUCAUCAAGAGCGCACUCACUGUGAACCCUUGUAUGAGUAACCAGGAGCAGGUACUUCUUCAAGGAGAAGACCGUUUGUAUUUAAACUGCGGGGAUGCAAGUCAAACUCAAAAUGCAAGAGUUCCAACACACACUGAACAGAAGCCUCUGUGUGACCGGAAUCCUUUCCCUGGAGGGAGUGUAGUUUCUCAGGGCCUGAGCACUUUACUAGGCCAUAGACACUGGCAUGUUGUGCAGAUACAUAGCACAUAUCUAGAGAGUAACUGGCCAAUAAGGUACUCUGCCAUUGAUAAAUUUGGCCAAAACGUUGCAGUUGUUGGAAAAUUUGGUUUUGCACAUUAUUCCCUUCUGACCAAGAAAUGGAAGCUGUUUGGAAAUAUUACUCAGGAGCAGAACAUGAUGGUGACUGGGGGAUUGGGAUGGUGGAAUGAUUUUAUUGUAUUAGCCUGUUAUAAUAUAAAUGAUCACCAAGAAGAGCUACGGGUCUACUUGCGCACAUCCAACUUGGACAAUGCAUUUGCACAUGUCGCCAAAGUACAGCUGGAAACCCUUCUAUUGAGUGUAUUCAGAGACAUGGUGAUCCUUUUUCGAGCAGACUGUUCAAUCUGCUUGUAUAGUAUUGAAAGAGUAAAUGACGGUCCUAAUCCUACUGCCUUUUUACAAGUUCUACAGGAAGUUUCCAUGUCACGUUACAUCCCCCACCCGUCACUUGUAGUGUCUGUUACAUUAACAUCUGUGAGGACUGAGACUGGCAUCUCACUAAAAGUGCCACAACAGGUUUGUGAUGCAGAAAGCAUUAUGUUAAAUCUGGCAGGUCAAUUGAUAAUGCUGCAAAGAGAUCGCUCUGGCCCUCAAAUUCGAGAAAAGGACAAAGGAUCCCAUCAACAUAAGCUUUUGCCUUUUUGUGCUCCAGUUGUGUUGGCACAAUCUGUUGAAAAUGUUUGGAGCACUUGUCGUGCAAACAAACAAAAGCGCCACCUCUUGGAAGCUCUCUGGCUUGGCUGUGGUGGAGCAGGCAUGAAAGUCUGGCUGCCUCUGUUUCCCAGGGAUUACCGUAAACCACAUUCCUUUCUGUCCAAGCGCAUUAUGCUUCCUUUUCAUAUCAACAUUUAUCCACUUGCAGUCCUGUUUGAAGAUGCUCUGGUUCUUGGGGCCAUCAAUGAAACUGUUGCUUAUGACUGUUUAAACAAUUUCAGUACUUCAUCGGAACAUUUGGAAGUCCACUUCCCUUUCUGUAUUGUGGAGCGAACCUCACAGAUCUACCUCCAUCACAUCUUGCGCCAACUGCUGGUCAGGAACUUAGGAGAACAGGCCCUGCUUUUGGCCCACUCAUGUGCUGCUCUACCUUACUUUCCUCAUGUUCUAGAACUCAUGCUUCAUGAAGUACUGGAAGAAGAAGCUACCUCCCGGGAGCCUAUUCCCGACCCCUUACUUCCGAACGUGGCAAAGUUCAUCACAGAGUUUCCUCUUUUCCUUCAGACUGUGGUACAUUGUGCAAGGAAAACAGAGUAUGCUCUCUGGAAUUAUCUUUUCGCUGCUGUAGGCAACCCCAAGGAUUUGUUUGAAGAGUGUCUUAUGGCCCAAGAUCUGGACACAGCAGCCUCCUAUCUCAUCAUUCUACAGAACAUGGAGGCCGCCGCGGUUAGCAGACAGCAUGCCACACUGCUGUUUAACACUGCACUCGAACAAGGAAAGUGGGAUCUCUGUAGACAUAUGAUCCGAUUUCUGAAAGCUAUUGGCUCUGGGGAAUCAGAAACACCUCCUGCUACUCCAACCACCCAGGAGCCCAGUUCCACGAGUGGCUUUGAGUUUUUCCGGAACCGCAGCAUUAGCUUAUCUCAGUCAGCUGAAAAUCUUCCUGCUGGAAAGUUUAACCUGCAAAAAACUAUGAGCAUGCCAACCGGACCUGGUGGCAAAAGGUGGAGUAAAGAUAGUGAUUGUGCUGAGAAUAUGUACAUUGACAUGAUGUUGUGGAGACAUGCACGUCGCCUACUGGAAGAAAUUCGACUUAAGGAUCUUGGGUGCUUUGCUGCCCAGCUUGGAUUUGAGCUGAUUGGCUGGCUUUGUAAAGAGCGCACACGUGCAGCUCGAGUGGAGAAUUUUGUUACAGCUUUGAAAAAACUUCACGAAGAUUUCUUAUGGCCUUUCCCUGUACUACCGGCAUCUUCUUUCAGCUCUCCAUUUAAGAACACCAGAUUUCGGACAGCAGUUGGAGAGCAGUUCUCAAAAUCCCAGUCUGCUGAGAACUUCCUCGCCAUGGACAUGGAGACUGGCAUUCCCAGUGCACCUCGAAGCCAAAGUUGGCUGGGCAGCAUGGGUACAACUCAGAGAGAGAUGGACAGUAACUCAUCCCACAGUCCUCAUACCCAGGAUGCUUUUCUGUCUCCUCUAUUAAAUAAAGGAGAUGAAUGCAGCAUCGGCUCAGCAACAGACUUAACAGAAACCAGUUCCAUGGUGGACGGAGACUGGACAAUGGUGGAUGAAAACUUUUCCACCCUGAGCUUGACACAGUCAGAGUUAGAACACAUUUCCAUGGAGCUGGCUAAUAAAGGACCUCACAAAUCACAGGUUCAGCUACGAUAUUUGCUUCACGUGUUUAUGGAAGCAGGCUGCCUGGAAUGGUGUGUGAUCAUUGGCCUCAUACUACGGGAAUCAUCGGUUAUUAACCAAGUGUUAAAUAUAAUGCAAUGCCCUGAGGUUGCUGAAGAGAUGUUGCAGGGCAUCCAAUGUGGAUUACAAGCUGUCGAUGUCUGGGCAUCAACAGAUUGCCCAGGCUACAAACCAUUCUUAAACAUCAUUAAACCUCAACUACAGAAGCUAAGUGAAGUGACAGUGGAACAAGUGCAGCCUGAAGCCUUUCAGCCUACAGUCCCCAUAAAGGUCACAGAACAAUCCAGUCCAAGAGCAGAAGAGAGCCGCAGUUCAGUGAGCCACAGUGCCAGUCCUCAAAGUGACACUGCCAGCUGUAAAGUCAGCAGGCAUGAAGAUGAUAUGUCAAGGCAGGAGCAAGAGGAAGCCUUCCAAGAUGGCGGCUAUGACUGCAUAGUUUCCUAACACAGGGCUUAGCUUUGAACAUGAAAAUCAGAGCAGUAUUAAUGACUUCCUCUCCAGUGGUUGAUUACACCAUGACUGGGAGUUUUGUUGGGUGUUAAAGCUGCACUCAUUCCAGCGGUUUCCAGGAAACCAUCAUUAUCAAGAUUUUUGAAGCCUUAUAAAUAUUUUUAAUCUUUACAUAUAUUUUUCCUCCUCUACACCUUAUUUAUCUCUAAUUAUAAUAUACCAAGGAAUUGAUAUGGUCACAAUAUCAUGUAAACAAAGCUGUGUUCAAUAGUUUGGAAAGUCUCUUAUUAUGCAGGGAGUAUCUCUCCUAAGAUACGACCAUAAAACAGACUAGAUGUUCCUUCCUUUGGUGAAGAUUAAAUAAACUGACAAUUUUGAAGUUAAAUUCUUUACAUAUGUUAAGGCUAAAAAAGUCCUUAUAUCCACCUAACCUCUGAACCCCCACAGUGUUGCAAGAGUCCGUGUGCUGCACAGGCAUUGGUGAGCGGUUCCGUAGCUAUGUCUGCCUUUUUCUGAAACCAAUGUGUUGGUAAAGGAGCAUACCGAAUGUUAAAUGAAAAGGAAAUUAUACAGGUUUCAUGGUUUCAUGACAUGAAGAAUUUUUUUUUUGUUUUUUUUUACUUUUUCUUGGGGUGCUAGAAUUCUUCCACAUGUCUAAAGUUGGUAUUAGAAAUGUAAAUAGUCUGUAUUUUUGUGAAUACUUCUGUAUAUUCUUUUGGGCUUAUUAUAUGUUUAUAGGCACACCAUAGCUCCACUUUCUUGAGGCAAGAAGCCAUUUUUGCUUCUUGCAAAUGGACAUGCACUCUACAAGCAGUAGCAUCAGCACUGCUGUGUAUUUAGCCAACCAUUUUAAAACUACUGUGACUGGUUCCAGAACAGUCCUACUCCUAUCUUAACAAGUCUGUUUUUUUUUUUUUGUUUUUUUUUAUAUAAACAUGGUACAAUAGAGUUCUUAUUUAUCACCCUUGUACAAUAAUUUACCUGGAUAUAGAAUGUUUUGUAAAUAAAACUUGUAAUCAUGUUCUAUAAUACGCUAUUUGCAAUGGUAAUUCAAAAUAUAAGCAUAAUGUAUUUUUGACCAUUUUAUAAUGUGUAUGACUUAAAAGUUAUUUUAAUUUUUACUUUUCACAAAACAGACUGCAAGAAACAUUUACAGCUCCUUUCACAUCUUUCGCAAUCAAAUGUCCUAUUAUCCCAAUUUACAUAUGUAAUUUAAAGCUGGCAUCCACAAUUAACAGUAUUAAAAUUUACUUCCUGGCUUUUUGUAACAUGCAAUUUGAACAAAAAUGUAAAAGGUGUUAUUUUAUACAGAACAUACAUGUUUAUUUUUAUAAUAGAUAUAUUUCAUUAUCUAGUGGACCAAAUGUUUUCAUUACUUGUAAGAUACAUCAGUAUGCAGAAAUUGCAACCUAUGUGUUAUACACUGAAGCGUGAUGAUGGUGUCUAAUUUCACAUAGAAGUCAAGUCAUGCUGGAAAUUUAGAAAAGAUUUCCAGAAAGCUCCAACAAGCCAGGUUUUCUUGGUUCUGAUGGCUGACUGCCUUUUUUUCUUAUCAUUUGCAGAGCCGUUCCUCAUUUUAAUAUUGAAUGUGUCCCACCAUUGUUCCUUUUUCUCUCCACUGUACGGGAAACCACAUGAUUUCCUUUAAGGACAUGCCUUUGUUACAUUUGCCAAGAUUGGGAAUGCUGGAUAUGUUCCAGUGUCGUCAUAAAUGGGAACAGGACCUUCUUUAGGUAUCUUCAAUAUAAUAGGAUCCAUGCAAAAUGACUCAAGGCCCAAUCCAUUGAGUGCACCUAUGGGUUUGAUUGAUGUUUUUCACCACCAGAUAACAUCUCUAUAAUAAUCUCCUAAUACAAAACUAACUUGUGGCUGCUGACAAAGUCCAUAUGUACUGGAAAAUAUAAAAAAUUAGUAAGUGGCCUAAAACCAAAUGGCUGAUAAUUACUCCCUUUCACAUGUUUCUUUUGAAAUGUUUGCUGUGCUUUUUAAGUAUUUCAGUAGUUGAAAUUCCAAAAGAACAGUAUUUAUUCUAGGCUAUGUGGGAUAGCCAAGUGGCCCAUGGCAUUCAUCCAGCCUCAGAGUGUGUGUGUGUGUGUGUGUGUGUGUAUAUAUAUAUAUAUAAUCUCAUACAAGAUCCAGCGCACUCACUCAUUCACUAAAAGUCAAUUUCAAA